GUUUCCAUGGUUCUUACCUGGUCCAGAUUCGUCCAAUGUUGCCCCUGAUUUUGCUAACAGCCAGCCACAAGUCAUAGUUGGGAUGGAGUGGCCCAAUGAUGUUCAAAGCAUCUCUCAGCUGCAUGCGACAUUUCUUGCUACCAUGAUACUCUAAGGUCUGGCUUCUAAAUUGAGCGAUGAACCCCUCUGCUUGGUAUUGGUAUAAGGUCGGCACUCCCUCGCUGCCCCUCGGUUUCUUGAGUUUCAGCUUCAUCCCCAUAUCUGCUUUUGGUUUCACGCAUCACUGCCGCGCCUACCUGCUGACCGGUCCAGGCAAUUCUCAUUUCUCGGAUACAAUGGCAUCCCAAGACGCCCUCCGUAAUGCCUUCCAAUCAGGUGAUCGCGACGGCGAUAACACCCUCUCGGUCCGCGAGGCUGUAACGGCUGUUCAGGCACUUGGUGGACGGACGCUGGAUGCUAAGCAACUCGAGAGGGCGUGCAAUGAUUGUGGGGUGGACACGGGGAGGGAGAUGGAUUUUGACGAAUUUGUGAAAGUUGUGCGGAAGCUGGAGGGUGAAGGGACAUUAUAAAGCGAGAUGAUUGCAUCAAAUUGGGGAGGAACAAGAGGACUCAGAGGUUCUCGCUCCAGAUGAGAGGCCUGACGUUC